AUGCAAGCACCUCGGCCUACAGCCGGGCGCGCUCGCGUAAUUCCCAAGAGACGAACGUCGUCCUGUUCGCCUUCUCCUCAGGCCCUGAACUCGUCGAGGCCGUCUGCAGCGAACGAGCAACCGCGCGGCGCGGGCCCAAGCGAUGCCUCUAGCCGCGCCUCUGCUUCUUCAAACGCCAGUCAGUCGCCAGCAGGGACUCCCUACGAGGGUGCGUCAACCGACGCUGCAACACUGCGAGAGGACGCGGAAAAAGCAGCGUCUCCUCUCCUUUCCCUUUCGCGCGCAGGAACCGGCGACGCCUUAGGUGGCGGAUCAGCGAAGACGCGAGAGGCACAGGCAGGCGCUGAGGCGCUCGCGUGCGCGGCAGACGCGGAGAGUCACGACGAGGGCGGCCGUCCUACAGGGCCACGCGGACCCACUCAGGAACCCGCAAGAGCCCAGACGCAAACAGCUCCCCCCCCGUCAUUCUGCGAGCGCCUGACGAGCAAGCUAAAGGGAAGGGCAGAGGCAGUUCUGGCUGCGGCGCACGCAGAGUGGAAGGAGCUGGAGACAGCCUUUGAGGCGCGCACGAAGGCCCGCGGCGUGGAAGCUCGAGACGCGCUGAAAGCUAGCGAAACUGCUCUGAAGCGUCUGCAGGCCACGUUAGAAGACCGCCUCGAGCGACAAAUUCGCUGGCGAGAAAAACAGCGCCAGCGCGUGCGGGCCUAUCAGGAACGUCUUCGAGAAAACGCGCAGAGUGCUGCGGUGGCAGAGGCGGAUGCCGCGGAGAGGGGCGCGGCUGAGGCCGCAGGAGACUCGUCAGCGGGAGAAAAGCAAAAAGAGAAAAGCCGGGCACAAACACUCGCGCCGCCGCCGGAUGGCGAACAGCCGUCGCGCGCGAUCAAGUCGCCGCAUUCAGCGGAUGCGGUCUCUGUGGCGGCAGGGGGCGGGGGAGCGACGCCCCCGGGAGGGCCGGUAGCGCCAAGUGCGAAAGGAGGAGGGCGAUUGACGGUCGCUACGGGGGGCAGGAGACGAGGAGCUGAAGAGGAUCAGAAGCGCCCUGUGGCUCCUUGUAAAUCCGAGAAGCCGACAAGCACAGAAGAACAGGAAACGCGUCUUGCAGACUCAUCGUGCGCGGAGCUCUUCUUCCUCGACGAAGACGAGAAAGGCCCGGGCGGCGGACUGUACGCAGAGCAGGACCCACUCGACUGCAAAAAUGGCGGAGAGCGCGAGAAUGGCGUAAACCCCCACCAGCAUGCAGCCAAGGAGGGAGAUGCAGAAGGAGGAACAGAAGCGGCAACUACUCAUGAAGAAGGACAAAAGAAACGCGAGGAGGCGUGGACAGAAGAUGUUCUCGAAGAAAACAUGAAACACGCGCAAGAACUCAUACACGGAAUGCGAGUGACCAUCACUCAGCUCGCCGCACACAUGGACGCCAUCGAGUUUGAAAGAAAGUCAGCUGCUGCCGGCCGCAUGCAGGAGUUGUCGCGCGAGCUUCAGAGUAUCACAUUUCACAGCAGGGGCGAAAUCGAGCGGAUUAUCGAAGACUGGUGCAAGCAAGAAAACCUCAAACUUCUGCACACUCACCGCGCGCAGGCGAGCAUUAUUCAGCGCCUCGUCACCACCGUGGACGCGUGGACGGCGCAGCAUGCAGCUGUCUACGAGAAGUGCAGAGUCGAGCUCAAAAUCCACAACCACGACUGGGCGAUCCGGCUGGCGGCGCGGACGCUGCGAAGAGAGGCAGACUUUGCGUCGCCUCCGGAGAAGGAGCAGCUCGAGACGCAGAUGCGAGAAAGGGAGAAGGCGCUGUCGCUCAAGCGCCACGAAGUCGUUCAGGAGGCGCUGGACUGUCUGCCGGCCUGUGUGACGCCGGAGAAGGUGCGCAGAUGGCUCGCGCGCCUCGAGCGCAUUCGCGAAGAGGGCAGGACGUGGUUGAGCAACCUCGCUGGCGACUUCACAGACUUGAAAGACAUACAGCGACGCCGCUGCGAAGCGCUCAUCCGUCAGUGUGCGAAGCGCGUGGAGCUGUACGACGCGCGCGUUCUCUGGGGAGCCUGCGAGACGGCGAGCGAGGUGGCGACGGAGCUCCUGGAGCCGCUUCAGCAGAAGCACCUGCAAGAGUUGCUGGCAGACUUGCACGCGAAGGCCGCGCAAAUCGAGGAGCGCCAGCGAGGUGAGCACGCCGCGGCGCUGCGGGUGCUGAACUUCCUCGAGGCCCUCGCCCGCUUUUUGGCGGCCUUCCGCGCCUCGCACCACACGCUCAACGGAGCGCAGCGACGCGUCGCUGCAGAAGCGGCGAAGGACUUCGCGGACGCCACGCGACGCCAAGAGGCUGUCCUCCUUGCCCUUCGCGACGAGAUGAAGGAGGCGCCGACCCUGAGCGCCUUGGAUACGCUGAAGAAGAAGGCGGAGAGCGAGCUGCGCUGCCUGGAAGACCUCGUUCGCGCGCGCGUAAAGGCUCUCGGCGCCCGGUGUCAAGACUUUCUGCCGCAGACGCAGGAGCGCAAGCAGCGCGAAACUUCUAAGUUCCUUCAUGUUUGGGCGCUGGUGCCGCUUUCUGCGACGCAGCAGAAGGCCUUCGCCGCGCUCGCGGAGGCCCGCGAACACCUCCACCAAAAGUCGCUAUCGCCGGCCGAUUCCUCGCAGCUUUCCUCGCCCCGUGGUGGGGAGACCGCAGGGGCUUCUGCAGCCGCGGGACCGGCGCCAUCCGGCGCCGGAGCCCCUGGGGGGUGCGAGACCUCGAGGGCGACCGCGGCGAAGGGCGGCGAGGGCGACGACAAGCUGCUGCAUGCGAGCCGCACUUCGUUGGAGCAAGAGAGAGUGGCAGCCUGCGCUGCUGCGGACAGCGACGCCCGCCGACGAGGCCGCGCCGCGGCGCCUUCCACGCGCUCGCCACCUUCAAAGCCUGACGCGGAAGCGGGCAGGACGGUCUCCACGGCAGCGCGCGCGGCUGAGAAGAAAGCUGAAGGCCCUGUCAGGCGAAACCACAAGGCGGCGCACGCCGCCAGCUGCGCGAGUCACAAGAAGGCGCCGGGGGGCGCUUCGAGGGACGGCAGCGCCACAGGGGCGGCCAGCAGAGGCACUUCGGGCGGCGGGGCGAAGGGCGAAGCAGACGAAGGGCGAAAACGCGGAGAAAAAAAGGGGACAGCAACGGCGGGCGAAGAAGAGGAAGUUGAUCUAGACAAACACACAUACUGGACCGACCCCGGCGGCCAGGUGUAUCGGCAGCUGAUGUCCUUCGAGGCGCUCCUCGGGAACCUUUCACUCGACUCAGGAGUCUCCAUGCCCGCGCGCACAUCAACACUCGAGUCCCAUGCCUCCGCCGCCGACCUUCCAGGCGAGACGAAGCCGCUCUCUGCUGCCUGCGCGUCUCCGCCGGCGUCGCCCCCGCCGCCCUCGGCCUCUCCCGCGGCUCCGCCCCGCAGCGGCUGCCCGCCAGGCGCGCGAGAACCCCAGCCGAGCGGCCGACACUCGGCAGAAGAGGAGAGCAAAACCCUCUUCCCUCCGCGGGAAGGGCUCAGUCUGAAGGAAGAAGAAGGGAGAGAGAGCCGGGAGGAUGUCGGGUUCGCGGACGUGAGCCUCAGAGAAUCUUGGAAGGAAGGCCUCGCUCGUCUGCGCGACGCCUCCUUCGCCUUCGUCGUGCGCACCCUCGAGGAACUCGAGACGGCAGCCACUGAACUGGGAGAGGCAACCUACUCCGCGGCUCUGCUAGAGAUGAAGCGCACGCUUGCAGAGUUCGACUCGACUUCUGCGACAGUCGCCUCAUUCGCCUUUGCCUACAAACAGCGUCAACAGCAGCUCGCCUCGCACGCCUCCCGGCUCGAGCGCUUCCUGCGAAACUUCGCGCAGACUGUCGCGUCUCAACAGGCCCUCCUCUCCCAAGCGGAAGACGAGCUGGAGGCUCAGAUGCAAGAGCUCGUGGAGGCGCAAAGAGACAUCCAGCAACUCCGCCUUGAGGACCUCCACAGCAGCCUCCGGGCGGCGGCCUCCGCAGCUACUCUCUCCCCUCCCUCUCCCUCCGCUGCCGCCUGCUUCCUUUCUGCACCGUCUGCCUUGCCGCCGCAGCCCCCGGGCUCGGUCGCCGCUUCCGCAGAGUCCGCGGGCGGCGCCGCCCCCUCGCGGCGCCGAGGCGCUUCGCCGGGGAAGUCCGCCGCGACGCGAAGAAAAUCAGUCAAAGCCUACAGCGAGGGCGACGCCAAGGGGGCCCCAGAGGAGUCUCCGCUCUUUGGGGGAGAGGACGACAGCGGCGGAGGCGCGAGGGCGAGCGACGAGCCCCUGGGCACACCCGAGGAGCUCCGCGACGGGCGGCUUGGCGGCUGCCUGAUGCAGCAGCUGAAGAGGCGGCGGAAACACUGUGUGCAGGAACAGGACCAAAUGAAGAAAAACGCCGAAAAAAAAAUACAGUUUAUUGAGCAGCAGUUGGUUGCAGGGCUGCAGAAGGCGCAGGCGAAGGUUCAGGCCUUCUUCAGCGCGCCUCUCGCCUCGAUUCCAGAGAGAGAGAUGCGCGAGGCCGCGCUCAAGAGGGACCAGUGGCUGCAAGAGAUUGAGAAGCGAAGAGAAGACUGGGAGGCGCGCGUGACCAGCUGGCGAGAGCGAUUGGAGACGACUGCGACGGAAGGCCACAGGCAGGUUGAGGCGCACUUUGCGUCGCUCGAGGACCGAACAGCGCGGCUCUAUGGGCUCGGCCACCUCCACGGGGCUCCCAAGCGGGCGGCGGUCGCGGCGCUGCAGCGCCUUCAGCAGCACUACGAGGCUGCAGCUCAGCGCUGUUUUCACUGUUUUGCGCUCUCGACUAAGGUGGCUGGAACGCUGCGCCGCCGCGCUCGUCUCGGCCUGGGCGACUCAGCAGCCGGGAGUCUCGACGCGGCAGACCGCGGGAGAGGGCGCUUCAAACAAUUCAGGCGCCCGUCCGCCGUUAUCCUUGACUUCUUCGAAGAGGCUCCUUCCGCCUCUGCCUGGCCGCCGCCCCCUUCGCCCCUCUCUUUUUCGCCUCGUGAGCGGCAAGCCGCCAGCGGAACCGGCGGUGCGGCGGCGGAGGAGGCAGGCACGCGCGGCGCACGGUCGCUGCCUCCCUGGCGAAGCUUGAGGCCACAGACCGGAGACGACGCCGAGAAAGAGUGGCGAGACGCUCUGCGCUCGGGCAGAUCGAUAGCCGCUCCGCCGAUGGCGGCGUCAGUGGGAGGAUGCAGCGAACUCCACACCGCAACGGGAGGGGACUGGACCCUGCGCCGGAGCUCGUCGCUCCCCAGCAGCGCCCGCUGUGAAGCGCCUUUUGCGGGUCUGGAGGCCCAGGCACAACUUCCUGCUUUGAGUUUCCUGUCGAUGGACGCGCCGCCGACCCACGAGCGCCGUGCACUCUCCUUCGCGUCUCAUGUGCAGGCCGCACUCUCCGAGAGGAGUUUACAGCGGCGCGCGGCCUCGCCCGCCGCUCUCUCGCCAAAGCCUGUUUUGCGCGCCGGCGGAGGCGCAGAAACGCAGGACGCGCCCUCGCCAGCGGCGGGGUCGGGCGCCGCGGCUCGGUCUGCCGCGGUCUUUCGCGUUAAUGCAGCUCACGAAAUUCGCAGCGGCUACGCCCUCGCAGCGGCCGCCCUGCUCGCCCUCUGUCAGCGGCUGCAGUGCCUGGGUCCCUCCCAGGGUUCGAGAGUGAAAGACGGCGCCGAGCAAGUUCUGCUGGGGCUUCCGCUGCUGCAGGACUACCGGCCCUCCGCGGGCGCCGAAGAGACCGGCGGCGGCGCGAAAGAGGGCGCCAGUGAAAAGAGAGGCGCGAGGGAAAACGCAACGCGGGUGCACAGCGGAGACGCCAAGAGGCGGGCGGCGGGCCUCCCGCCGGGGCUGACGAGCGGCGGCGGGCUGCCCCGCGGGCCCCACGACGCGAGUGCGGUCGCGGACGCGCAGCGUGAAGGCCUGACUGAGCAAGAGUCGCGAGAGGCGGUGGAAGACGCAGCGCGGACGACGAUGCUCCAGUGGCUCCUGGGACCUGUGACUAGCUUGCCCCCUUCCUACGCGGCAGCCGUGGAGGACAUUGAAAAAGAAUUUCGAGCGAAAGCCGCUGCAACCGCCGCCGCAUAUUCCCCAGGCAGCAGGUCGCCAGACGGGAAGAAAAGCGGCGGGAGCAACGGCGCUCCUGCAGCAGACGAAGAGGGCCCUGUCUACGUCGAGCUUUUUGCCAAGUAUCUUCGGCGCAAGGCCGAGGCCAACAGGCAAAAGCUCGUCUCCACGAUUCGAUGUGUCUGCCGCCACGUAAGGAACGAUCUCUUCCCGGUCGCGGUGUGCGGCAUAUUCCUCGACCUCGCGCAAAUGGUUCAAGGUCAACUCGAAGAGCUUCAGGGGUACCUCGGGAAUGGCCGGCCGUUGGACGAGCGCCUGAAUCCCGUUGACGCGGGUUUGAUCAAGCAGCUAAAGAGCCAGUGGGAGACGAACCGCCGCGCCCUCGACGCGCAUUUGAAAUGCACCGAGGUCAACGACAGUUUAAGGAAACUGUGUCUCGCCGAAGAGAAACGCUCAAGCCAGAUGUUGUCGCUGCUGCUCAAGCUGUGUUCAGGAGCUGCCGGGAUGCUAAAUGCGUCCUCAGCGUUCAUCACGAAUGGCUGCAUCGGUCACUUCGAGUUCCUCGUGGCAGUGCUGGACAGGCUCCCUCAGCCAGCCGACUUCAUGCCUAUCGACGGGUACUUCCUUGCGGCAAAGUUUCAGCGCCUGCCGCCGUCGGGCUACGACAAAAGACUAGUGUCCAGGAAUACUUUCGCUUACACAUGUGGAAGGCCCCAAACAUUAGCGUUCUGGGUGCCGAAGCCGACCGCGAUAACCUGCGGACAUGCGUAUCCUGCCGGCAGCGGCAGGCUGCUACGAAACAGGCCUACAUCGGGUGUCGCCUACGCUGGCAGACAGCCGUAUGUGUAG